AUGGACGAGGUGGUCAAGUCUGGCGAUCUGCCCAACGAUGCCAAGAUCAUCGCGCAGAUCCUCAAAUCGAUGGGAAUCGACGAGGUCGAGGGCCGUGUCAUCCCGCAGCUGCUCGAGUUCAUGCACCGCUACGUGCGCGAGGUGCUCGAAGACGCCGCCAUCUACGCCAACCACGCCGGCAAGGCGUCCGUGCUCGACCUCGACGACGUACGUCUGGCCAUCCAGUCGCGCGUCAACUACUCCUUCACGCAGCCGCCACCGCGCGAGUUCCUCAUCGAGCUCGCCCACACCAAGAAUGUCGUUCCGCUGCCCUUCCCUCCACUUCGCUCGCUCCUUCCGUCCUCCUCCACUUCAUCAUCAUCGUCCACUUCACCUUCCGGGUGA